AUGACGUUAACAAAGUCAGAGUGUUUAAGAGAUACUGUGACAGUAUUAAUAAAUGCUAUCGGAGAUAAUGACAAUUCCGUAAACAAUGUCGUGAUAAAAUCUCUAACGAAGAUCGCAAAUACGUAUCCAAACGAAGUAAUAGAUAUAUUUUGCGAUUUUUAUAAAAAUACCGUCAAAGUCAACAAUGCGCAGCUGAGUAAUAUUGUGAAGGUCUUAGAACAAACAUGUGUGAAUCAAGUGAAAAAACUCAAUUCACAAGUAGCUUUGGACCUAGCGAAUGCUAUGCUCCGUGCUAUGACGGAGAACACUUCUUACGAACCUGUAGUACAGAUGGGUGCCUCAUCUGUAUUAGUUGCUGUCAGUCAUGAGUACGUGGACUUGGUCCUCAGAUUACUCAUUGACCAGCUAUCCCCAGCGUCUGUGCCGCAUUACACUAUCAUUCAUACUUUGGGUACCCUUGCUGCGGUGAACACUCAGGGCGUGGUGCCGCAUAUUAAGGAGAUUCUGAGCAAAAUGCUUCCAUUGUUGACUCUUGUAAAACAAGAUGGCGUCAAACAAGCUUUCGCAUACGCGUUCGGACACUUUGCAGUUGCCGUUGCGGAACAAAUUGGUGACAAUGUAGAGAACGACAACAUAACAACCAUAAAAGAAAAUUUUGUUACGGAAUUCUCCAUAAUAUUCGAUGUACUGUACAAUCAGUGGCUCUCAUCUCACGAACAUAAAGUAUCAGAAUCAAUAUUAGAAGCACUUGGACCAAUUACAAGGCUUAUAUCAGAAAGGCAAUUUAAUGAAACCGUCAAUAAAUUCGUACUUUCAUUGCUGUCUUUGUAUCGAAAGUCGACUAUAAACUCUUAUUACAUAAGUCAAUGCAUUUCCUACCUUCUAUCACCGUCAUCUUUAAACCCUAAAUUGAUUUUAAACGAUAAUGUUAUAAAUUCCAUUAACAACACUAUAUUCAAUUUGGUUCUUUUUGAGCCAGAUUAUGAUCAGCCCCAUACGGUAAAAAACCAUUUCGAAGUUCUUAGAUGUUUUGACCAUAUGGCUGGGCAGUUCCCAGACCAAACUAUAGAGAGUCUGCUGCAUCAGUGUAAAAAUAAUCACGAGAAAGACAGAAUGAAAGCGGUAAUAAUACUAACUCAUUUGACAACGUCGUCACAAGUCUUUAUCGAUAGCUUCGCUGGAAAAUUUAUAGCUAUAUUAAAAGUGAUGACAGUUAUGGAGCAAGGCGUCAAAAUGAAGAAAUUACUUGUAAAAGCAAUCGUAGGAUUGGUGUAUAGAAAUUGCAUCACAACUUCUGAAGAUUUCGCUAUGAUCGAGUUCAUAAUCAAACACUGCGGCUACGAAGGGCCAGCUAAUGUUCCAAAGCAUGACAUUGUAGAUUUACAUGAUACUUGCAGAAGUUCAUUAAUACUUAUGUGCAAUACAGUGACAAGUGUGAGAUCACAAUUGAGAAAUCUAUUACUUACGGCGUUAACCACUGAUGAAUUAACAGCCUCUAUGUCUGCUGUCAGCCAUUGUUUAACUUCGUUGUUACAGAAUAAUUCAGACAUUAUCGUUGAUGAACCAACAGAAAAAUCAGUGGAAGAUAAAUGCUGUCCUGAUUUAGUUUUUAUUAGAUGCAUAACACAUAUAGUUGAUCCAAAUGAUAAGGAAAAAAACAAAAACUUACUGAUAUUCCUAGAGGAAUACUCGGGGGAUAUUCAUAAGAAUUUAAAGAAUUCAUGGACGGUUGAAAUUCAAAGAUUAUUAAAGUUUGUCGAGAAGAAUGAGUCUAAAGAUCAAUGGCAUGGGAUGUUAUUGGAUCUUUUGGUGGCUGCUGUUGAGCAGGUAAAUAGUAAUAAAUGGGUCGAGACGAUAGCAACACUACUGUCGCAGCAAGUUCUAUCGAAGAAACAGUCACCAAUGAUAAAAGGUGUAUCAUUACAGUACUUGGCAAUUUUAUCCUGUCAUAUGACGAACGCUGCGGUCGUGGAGAAAGUAUUAAAAAUAAUAUUGUUUGCUUUAAAAUCCAUUCCAAUGGAAAGUUGCGAAUACGUUAGUAAAGCAAUAGGUAUUGCUUCCAGACAACAUGGCGAAGUUGUUAUGAAUGAACUUGACGCGAUAUAUAAAGAAAACGAAGCUAAAAGGGGUAAUAAAUUUUUUAACUUCCUAGCUUCAAAACAUUCUAAGAGCGAAAUGGAAAUAGCCCUUGUAAAAUAUGCCGCUAUAUGCUCCUAUGGCAAAAUAGCAAGCGAGUGCCUCGACGUACAUGUUCUAGCACGACUCGGUGACAAUGUUACUUCAAUACUUCACGAAACCCUAAAGCAUAACCCUCCCUUUGAUUUAUGUAAAGCAAGCAUUACGGCUCUUUACGAGAUUUGUAAAGCGCUGUAUCCUGCUUCACACCAUAACGUUACACUUCGAAAUCGGUGGCAGCUGUUAAAUGCUGUACUAUCACAAAUUUACAACUCUAAUCUGGACGAACGUAAUGUAGAAUUAUACCCUAUAAUUGUGAAAGCAUCGAAAGCAUUAACGAAGCUUCAAAAAGGAAUAUUGCCAGAAGAAAGGAAUACCAUCCUUCGAAAUUUAUUUAACAGUAUCUUUGGAGAGUUAGCGUCUUUCAAGAGUAAAUAUGAAUUAGAAGGAAACGGAGAGAAAAACGACUUGCUGGCGAAAACUUUAAACGACUCAUUGACUCUGCUUCAUCAUUUAAUACGGGAACUAAUAAUACAAUCAACUUGCUUAAGCACAAUAGAUGAUCUAGUUGGUCUCUUAAUAGAAUGGAUACGUAACGAAAACGAUGAAAUUCGAACUGCGGCGAUGCAAAUUCUACAAGUGGUUUUUGACUCGUACAUCAAAAAUGUGAAGCUUAACUAUGAAACGCCGAGUAAGUUUGGGCAGCUGGGGUACUUGCUUGGUCUUCUAGUCCCAGGCGUAGCCGACACUAACUUCCCAGUAAGAUUGACUACAGUGGACUGCAUCAAAUUGAUAAUUCAGAUACAAGACCUGUACGAAGGUCAUAUCAUUGAAGCGGAUGAUGAAUGCAUGGCCAGUCUGGCUCACCUGCAAAACAAUAUACUGACAAAUGACCUUAACAUGAUCUAUGAUUACUGCAUGAUUUUGUGUGACACGAUAUCCCCUAAAAUUCCCCAUCACUACACAAUGCAGUUUAUUGAAAGCUUGUUAGAAGGGUACGACUCUCAGGAGUAUAGAAGUGUUGGCAUAAGUGCAGUACUAAACGCUUUGUUUAUAAAGAAAGGCCAGGAUUUAUAUCAAAAUAUUGAGAGAAUAGUGGAGGUUAUGUUAACAACCAUGGACGAAGUCAGUGAGGAGGCCCGGUCGAAGUUGAUGUUGCCACUUACGUCGUUAACAAAGCAUCACUCUAACGCCGUCACGGCAGUUCUGCUAGCACAGAAGUUGCCUUUAAAGCCAUGCGUCGUAUCUUGUUGGCAAAAUUUGGCAAAGGACGUAAGUUUAGCAGAGGCGGUCAUAGAUAACUUCUUGCGUUUAAUGACUUCGAUCGAAUUGUACGAGGAUCCUUAUCACAUUACUGAAAAUCACAUUGCAGCGCUCCAGCCGCUGACACUAAUUAGUGCACUGGGUGAAAUGCUUCAAGUGGACGCAAUGAAACCAAUAUGUAACGCCAAGUUCUCGGACUUAUUCUCGGUACUCUACACGACACUGGCAUGUUAUUUAGAGGCAGAGCCUCCGGCUUAUUCUGUGCCCUCCAACAAAGGCCAGGAGCGGAUUGGCUUCAUACCUAACAGAGAGGCGAUCAAACUAUCCCCGGCUAAGAUCACUGUCAUUACCUUCAAUGCUUUCUUGGAAUUGUCGGAUUGUCACAAGGUGAGGGAGGCAUGCUCGCUGUGCCUGUCGGUGGAGCACGGCGAGGGCGGCGGCACGCUGGGCGAGCUGGCGGCGCUGCUGGGCGGCGCGCUCUCGCGCACGCAGGCGCCGCGCCUGGCGGGCUGCGUGGCGCGCCUGGCGCGCUGCGCCCGCGCGCCGCUGCCGCCGCAGCGCUGCGCCGCCGUCGCUCUGCUCGCCGCGUUGCUGCACUACCGGUGCGAGGCGGGCGACGCGGGCGGCGUGCUGGUGGAGACGAUCUUGGCGACGCUGAGCAGCGGCUGGAAGGACGCGUCGGGGCGGGUGCGCGCGGCGGCGCUGCGCGGCGCGGCGGGCGUGGCGAGCCUGGCGCCCGCGCCGCGCGCCGCCGCGCUGCCCGCCGCGCUCGCCGCGCUCAGCCAGGGCGUCGAUGCGCAGACCGCACGGUCGCCACUUGAAAACGUGCCUCUAGCAGCGAUUCAAGGUCUCAGCCAGUUACUGAUGGAAUUAGAACAUCUGGAUAAAGAGUUUGAUCGGGAACUGCUUUCGAUAUCGCAAAAGAUUCGUCCAUUCAUGAACACGGACUGCUCGCAACUUAGAGAGAGCUCCAUACGGCUGUUCGGCAUCAUCGCGGGCAAAGUCUCCUCGGACGCUCUGGCGGACCAGGCAGUCGGUUCGCUGCCUUGCUUCCUGCUGCAUUUGUGUGAUAGCAAUCCUGCGGUUGUGCGGGCGAGCAAGUUCACUCUACGCGAGGUGUUCAAGAAGUUCCCGGCGAAGAAGUCGAACGAGUUCGUGCAGAUGCACCUGGUGGACGAGGGCCGGCUGUUCCUGGACGAGUUCCUGUGCGCGCUGCUGCGGCUGCUGGCUGACGAGAUGCCGGCCUCCGUGCCCGCGUGCCUGCAGGCCGCAGUCAACUACUUGCACUGUGCACGCGAGGACAUGAAGCCGCAUCCGCCUUUGUUGCUUGGACUUCUCUACGCAGAACUCUACCGCCUCAAAGAGAAGACUUUCGCAGACACAGAUUUAGACCCGGACAUAACGAAGAGUGCGCGCACUCGCUUAUUGCUGCUGAUAAAAGAUUCAAACCCGUUAGUUAGACAGAAUUCUGCCAUGGCGCUUGCGAAUAUAUGUUUGGUUUGCGCCUAUGAUGGAUGA